AUGGCAGUCAUCACUACACAGCUGAGUUCUGGCUGGAAAGUCAAGCAAACAGAUGAUGAUUCCAGCAAUGCAUGGCUUCCAGUAUCUAAGGUGCCGACCUCGAUCCACCAGGAUCUGCUAGACAAUGGAAAAAUCCCUGACCCUUUUGUCGACAUGAACGAACUGUCCGUCAGAUGGAUAGCAGAAAAAUCCUGGACGUAUCGCACAACUUUUCCGUCCCCAACAAAUGUCCACAGCCGUGCGCGAACCGAUUUAGUUUUCAAAGGACUCGACACAUUCGCUACAGUCACCUUGAACGGAAAAAGAAUCCUCCAAACGGACAAUAUGUUUCUCGAAUAUCGAGUCGACAUUACAGGCCUCUUGAACUCAACUUCCAACGGGUCGUCCAACGAGCUGAAAAUCGUCUUUGACUCCGCUCUCCUCCGUGGCCGAGAACUCGUCAGGCAGCAUGAGCACGAGCAUCGGCAUAUCGCGCACCAGACGGAACAGAGCCGACUUCCCGUCCGCAAGGCUCAAUAUCACUGGGGCUGGGACUGGGCGGGCAUUCUGAUCACAACGGGGCCUUGGAGGCCUGUUUUCUUGGAGUCGUACGUUGGCCGCGUUGAUGAUGUUUGGUUUCAGGGCCAGGUCAGUUCAGAUUUGAAAUCUGUGUCUGGAAAGCUGUUCGCUCGAGCAAGUCUUGCCGGACAAAAGCCUCGCCCAGGUCUUCGAGUAAAGUUCACGCUGUCUCUUGACGGACGUGUGGUAUAUGAAUCUCAGGGUGACUCUGAUGGUGAUGGAGUGGCUAUGGCUGCCUUUAGGACCGAAGAGCCAACGCUCUGGUACCCACACGGCUAUGGGAAGCAAACUCGCUACAGACUCAAGGCCGUCCUUGUCGGAACAGAUAGUGAAUCCGAGAUGAGUUCGAAAUCCAAGUUCGUGGGGUUCCGACGCUGCGAACUUAUUCAGGAGAGAGAUGAUUUCGGCAAAUCAUUCUACUUCCGCAUCAACAAUGUCGACGUCUUUGCUGGUGGAUCUUGUUGGAUUCCGGCCGAUAAUUUUCUCUCACACAUUGGUCCGGACAGGUAUAGAAAGUGGAUGGAGCUGAUGAUUCAAGGAAACCAAAUCAUGACGAGGAUUUGGGGGGGUGGAAUCUAUGAAGACGACGCAUUCUUCGACGCCUGCGACGAACUUGGGAUUCUCGUCUGGCAAGACUUCUGCUUCGCCUGUGGCAGUUAUCCCACGUACCCAUCCUUCUUACAUCAAAUCGAACAAGAAGCACGAUACAACGUCCGACGACUCCGCAGCCAUCCGUCCCUGGUCAUCUGGGCCGGGAAUAACGAGGAUUACCAGAUCCAGGAGAAAUACUCACUCGACUAUGACUACGAAGGCGACAAGGACCCAGAAUCGUGGCUCAGGUCCUCAUUCCCGGCACGAUAUGUUUACGAGUAUCUCCUGCCCAAGGUGGUGGAGCAGGAGGAUCCUGGAUCUGUAUAUCAUCCGAGUAGCCCGUGGGGAGACGGGAAGAAGACAUUCGAUCCGACGGUGGGCGAUAUUCAUCAAUGGAAUGUCUGGCACGGCAUGAUGAAACGACAUCAAGAACUUCCCACGAUGGGUGGUCGGUUCGUCAGCGAAUUCGGUAUGGAGGCAUAUCCGCACCUUUCAACCAUCUCCUCCGCCAUCACCGAUCCGGCGCAACAAUACCCAGGCUCGAUGGUCAUGGACUACCAUAACCGGGCCAUCGAUCACGAACGUCGUCUCAUAACAUACGUCGCCGAAAACUUUCAGAUCAAAUACGACCUACCGUCUUUCACGCACUUGACGCAACUCACGCAGUCCGACGCCAUGGGUUUUGCUUAUCGUUCCUGGCGGCGUGACUGGGGCACACCCGGGGCGCGAAAAUGUGGCGGCGUUCUCGUCUGGCAGCUCAAUGACUGUUGGCCGACCAUGUCAUGGGCGGUUGCCGAUUACUAUCUCGUCAAGAAGCCUUCGUUCUACGCCAUCGCGCGAGCACUGACACCUCUGGCCGUUGGCGUCGCGAGACCAUUCCAUGACUGGACUUCUGGCCAUGCGGACCCAACUCGCGCGACGCGCGAUCACACUUUCGAUGUUUGGAUUGCAAGUUCGCGGACGGAAACUGUACAGGCCGACGUUGAAGUGCGAUUCAUCUCUAUCAAGACAGGUAAGGACAUCGCUGCGGCCGUGGAGAAGAACAUCGACGUCCAACUCAACUGCACGACCGACGUCCUUAAGCAAGCGAGUGCGGAUGUCUCUUCAUCAUCAUCACCGCAUGAUCCUAGACAGCCAUUCAACACCGCUACCCACGAUCCGUACGUCAUCCACGCGCGUCUCACUGUCAGCGGCACAUGUAUUAGUACAGACACCGCCUGGCCUCAUCCAUUGAAAUAUCUCGCCUUCGACGACCGAGGCAUCAAAGUUCAAUUAUCAUCGGCUAAAGAUAAACUGAUCGUUACGGCCAACAAACCCGUGCAUGGUUUCGUGUUCCGGGAGAAUCGCGACUGGGUUGUCUUCAGUGACAACGGGUUCGAUGUUAUGCCUGGCGAGGAGGUCGUGGUGGAUAUUAAAUGUCCUGAGGGAUUUGAGAUGAGUGAACUGAGAUGGACUUAUCUCGGUGCUGAGUCGGGGUUGAUGGGAUUUGCAGGAGAAGGAGAGCAGAAAUUGGCGCCCAAAUUGUGA